AGCUGCCUCAGGGCUGGCUUUUACUGAAAUCUAAGAAAGUACUUUUAUUUCUCGUUGAGAUUUAUAUUUUAUUUUAUUUUUUUUGCUUACUCCAAGAAUAUUGAGUAACCACUUCAAUCCACUGAGCCCAGCAGUCGGCACUGGAGUCUGAAAUAGUACCAGAACCAUGAAGCUGGAGGUACCAGAAACCUUUGAAGAUGUUGCUGUUGACUUUUCAGCAGAAGAAUGGAAGAUGCUGACCAAUCAGGAGAAAGAGUUACACAGAGAGGUGAUGGUGCAGAACUACAAACACAUGGUGUCAGUAGGGUAUAACAUCCCAAUGGAACAACUGUUAGUGCUUCUUAUAAAGCCUGAUGAACUGUCAUGUGCUGUUACGGAAGAAGGCAUGAACGUGCUUCAGAUGGAAAAUUCUGAUUUUAGCCCCACCGUCAACAGGUAUCUGACUCAUGGAGUGAGUCAUAGCCAACAUUUAUCAGUCCGGAAUCAUCCGAAUUUUAAAUAUGACAAAGACUUUCCAAAUGAAAUUCAAUCAUGCAUUGAAACAAGGCCAUGGAAGUAUUCUAACUGUCCUGUUUCUUUUGACUUUAACUCUAUUCUUAAUAUUCAUCAGAGGACCCACACCCAAGAAAAGCCUUUUAAAUAUUCCACACGUACCAUGAAUUUAAUGUCGAAAAACAGCUUUUUAUGCAAAAAGCAGUUUAUAGAGAAAGAUCAACGCCAUGUACAUGAGAAAACAUCCACUGGAAGAAAAUCAUAUAUAUGUGCUACAUGUGGCAAAAUGUUUAGAAACAAGAGCACUCUCACUUUACACGAGAAAAUACAUACUGGUGAGAAGCCACAUAAAUGUGCCACCUGUGACAAGUGUUUUACACAGAAGAGUGUCCUUUCAACACAUGAGAAGAUACAUUCUGGAGUAAAGCCAUAUAGAUGUGCUGUGUGUGACAUGAGUUUUAAGAGGAAGGCUCAUCUUUCAAGGCAUGAAAAAAUACACAUCGGAGAGAAGCCAUACACAUGUGCCCUAUGUGGUAAGAAGUUUUUACAAAAAAGUAGUUUGUCAACACAUGAAAAAAUACACACAGGAGAAAAGCCACAUAAAUGUGCCAUAUGUGAAAAGAGUUUUAAACAGAAGAGCACCCUUUCAGUACAUGAGAAGAUACAUUCUGAAGUGAGGCCUCAUAAAUGUGGUACGUGUGGCAGGAGUUUUAAGACGAAGACUUCUCUUUCAACGCAUGAAAAAAUACACACGGGAGAGAAGCCAUACACAUGUGCCAUGUGUGGUAAGAGGUUUUUACAAAAGAGUAGUUUGUCAGCACAUGAAAAAACACACACGGGAGAAAAGCCACAUAAGUGUACCACAUGUGGGAAGAGUUUUACCCAGAAGUGUAGCCUCUCAGUACAUAAAAGAAUUCAUAUUGGUUUGAAGUUAUAUAAAUGUGCUACAUGUGGAAAGAGUUUUACUCAAAAAGCUAACCUUAUAACACACUUGAAAACUCACAUGGUUGAGAAACCACAUAAAUGUACCACAUGUAACAAGACUUUUACUGUAAAGUUAAAUCUGUUAGCUCAUGAGAACAUACACAGUGGAGAAAAGCCACAGAAAUGUGCUACAUGUAACAAGAGUUUUUCAACAAAGAGUAAUCUGUCUAAGCAUGAAAAAAUACACACUGGUGAAAAGCCAUAUACAUGUGUCAUGUGUGAUAAGAGUUUUACACAGAAGACAACCCUUUUAACACAUAUGAAAGUACACAGUGGAGAAAAGCCAUAUAAAUGUGCUACAUGUGGGAAGAAUUUUACACAGAAGAGUAAUCUCUCUAAACAUGAUAAAAUGCAUUUAGGCGAAAAGUUAUAUAAGUAUGCCACAUGUGAUAAAAGUUUUACUUGGAAGAGUAAUCUCUGUAAUCAUGAAAAGAUGCAUAGUGGAGAGAGACCACAUAAAUGUUCCAAGUGUGACAGGAGUUUUACAUUGAAGAGUUACCUCUCAGCACAUGAAAAAAAGCAUACUGAAUAGAAUGGAAUGAGAAAUUAGGGGUGCUGAAAGCACUCUUGGCCAACAUCAAAGACCAAAACAAUACUAAUUUCAUGAACUCUAGUCAUAACGUGACUUAGAGAUGGGGUCCGUUGCCUUCAUGGUAAUAGAAACUCAAAGGUCUUGAAGAAAUUAAAUCAGCUGAAUGUUACCAGUAAUCUUGGCAUAUGUUUUACAUAAUUAGUACAUUCUCGGUUCUUCACAAAUGUUGAGGAAAGGACACAGAAAACACACUAAUAAUCUUGUCAACUUUAACACUACCAUGUCCCGACACUGGAGUGGAGUCUGUUUUCACCAUGGAAUAAAAUCCCUAAACAUUUUAAAAUGGAUACUAGGAGGCAUAUCUUGUAAAUGUGCAGCAUAUGACAGUACUUCCAGAAUGGUACCACCAUUCUCUAUGACAAAAUCGGGGCUGAAAAGGGCACCUGCAGUAAGACUUUCAUGGAAAUUUGCAGUGUAUAAUCAUGUAACAAGAGAAAAUUCAUCUUCUGUGAAGCUGCUGUUGGAUCUGGGGCUGGUUAGAUGAAAACAAACCAGCGCACAGAUAUUAAUGCACCGUCAUACUUGAAAAUGUAGUAGAGAAAGAAAAACUAACUCAGAAGGGAAAAUGUCUGGAAUUAAAACAAAAAGGAGGAUGUAUAGCAUUGACAAGAAGAUGGAGUUAAUAAUAAUGCAACAUAUGCAACCAGAAAUAGAAGUCUGUGGUAGCUAAUGUAACAGCAGGGAAAAGACAUGUGAAAUAUACAUGUGUGUGUGUGUGUGUGUGUGUGUGUGUGUGUGUGUGUGUGUGUGU